AUGUCUGUUCAAGGGAUGGAUGUUCUGUCAACAAGCAGACAGUUAGAAACUAUGUCUAAUGGUAAUAUAUUCCUACCCACCUUAGUGCUUGCUUUGACUGAUCCUUUUCUUGGGGCCACAAUGAGCACAGAUGCGGAAGAUGGGUUUGGGCCUUCACUUACUGAAAUUUUACCCAUCGAAAUGAUCCAGACCGUCUGCAAAUACCUCCCCAUAAAAGAUAUACUUAAUUUUCGAUUAAUGAGCAAUGUUUGCGCCGCAGGUGGUAUCGAUCGUCUCGCCAAAAAUAUAUAUGUUAUAUUCACCAGAGAGAGUUUCGAAAAACUGCUUAAUAUCUCAAAACAUCCCAGGAUGUCGAAACGUGUCUUGGCCAUACACUACGACCCGUUGAGAAUGAGGGCGGUUGGUGAAGAUGAUUACAACCAUCUCCUGAGAGAUGUGGAAUUCCAGCCAGGAUCGGAGUCCCUGACCAAGAUGGUUCGUGGUUUUGAAGCUCGCAAUAAGAUUUGUGAGGAACAAGAUUUGAUGGUGAAGAGCGAAUUCAGUAGUUUCGUAUUUUCACAAGUGCUGCCAAAACUCAGCUCUUUGGAUCGCUUAACUAUGGUACGGUGUGAACCCAAGCAAUAUGAUCAUUUACGGUUAGAUGUCAAGCCUACAUCAACUUUUUGCGACAGUAUGGGCCAUGAUGCGAGGUAUCACAAAGAAGCUUCAAUAUUUCUUGCUGCUGCUGCUAACGCUGGUACGAAGCUGGAUUAUCUCUAUCUUCAAAGAUUGAAUCUACAUAUGCUAUUUGACGCUCCCAUUGGCACGAACACCAUACUUCCAUAUGAGCCGGAUGCUCGGUAUCUUCGCCAUCUUCGUCUCUGGAAUAUGAGCACCCCUUCUUCCAAGGCUUAUCACGGAUUGAAGCAACUACUACAAGCUACAUCUAAUCUCGAACAUCUCCUCAUCACGCAAAGUUUUGGUAACAGCGAAUUGUCAAGAAUAGACUGGGACGAAAUCAUAGUGGGUCUAACCAUGCCAUCUUUGAACAGCCUGGAUUUAUGGUCUAUGGUGGGCAGUAAGGGCUAG